AUGAGCGAUAGAUAUGGAGACGGCCGGUCAGGCUUGCCGGUGUACGUGAGGUUCUGUCCUCGUGAUAUUUGGUUUCGGCUGCACAUCGUGCCAGAGGAUACCAUCACCACCGUCAAGCGUCGCAUCUUUGACAAGAUCGUGGCCGUCACACAUGAUCACAUGCCAGAAUGGCAUCGACCGGAAGAUGAUGUCAAUGGCAUGUUGCAUGGCUGCAUUGGACUGCGAUUUCUGAAGCUUCCCCAUACAUUCGUCGCCACGGCCCCGGGCAUCUCCUUUCAUCGUGCUCCUAGCAGCAUCGGCGUCUUUCCGCCUCCCGGUCCAGCUGAAAAUCGUCUCCAACAGCCCCGUUCGCCAAUUGCAACGUCUGCUCAAUCCUCGCAGACAGAGCCAGUGACGGACAAAAGCGAUGCUCCAAGCCCUGCAUCAAAGUUGGAUUCGACUACGCCAAGGCCACUAGCGCUCGAUGUCUUUGGGGAGGUACUUCCAACGAUGCGCCACCACACCUACCUUCAUAGCGCUCCGCCUUCGAGUGUCGAGUCAAUUGCUCAGAAGAAGAAGCCAAAUGCCGCCUCUGCGAGACAAGGCUGGGAGGACCCCUACCUUGGUUGGACCCAGCUUGGGCUUCCGGGAAAUCGGGAGGCACUUGAGAGAGAGCAGGAGGCUGCCAAAGCACUGUUACCAUCGGAAUGGACCUGGACCUCAUAUAAAGACACCACAACCAAUCGCCCCCGAGCUUCUAUCGAUUCAUGCAGCUCUAGCACAGCCUCGUCUGUGGAUAUCGAGCCGCAUCGCGGCAAAGAUGCCGAAGACAGCGUUGACGAAGGGUUUGGCGGAGCUGGAAGGACGCGAUCUGGCACAAUUACCGCUGCGUCGUCAGCGAAGGCCACUGGUUUCCAUGCAACGCAACAGCAACAACAAAAUGCGUCCGUCUCUGUCCUUUCAAGGACGGUGGCAGGCAAACUCAUCAUUCAAACCCCUUCCAACAUAUCGAGCGACUCGCGAAAAAGCAGUAUUUUCUCUUCAAGCCCUAGCGAUUUUCAGUCGAGCCGGCAUGAUGGCGACGAUAGCCUGAGCUCCAUCGCGCCUUCAGAUUUCGGCCACCGCUUGCGUGGUUCCCUUUUGAGAAGAGAUAUCAAGGAGGAGCCAGGGCAUGGCUUCGGAGAUGGUGAUGGCGAAGAUCGCAAGCUGGAGCAGCGUUUUGCAGAAUUUGCAAAUGAGUACGUCAUUUGUGUCUACUCGGAUGGGAGGGUUCUCGAUGACUGGAUCACAGUUAAGACGGCGAGACUCAGGCGCUACGAUCUGCUGGAAGUCCAGUAUCUCUCCGCCCAUGAUUGCAUCAAUCUUCCGCGUGAAGUCGUCUUCCCGCAGAUCAAUCCUGCAGCUUUCAAAGAUGUGAGCUUUUUCAACAGCGAUGGAACGUUGAACUUGAGCGUACUGCGCAAGCUCCCUCGUCCAGUAGAUGACACUUACCUCCAGACGUAUUGGGAUGGUUGGAUCUACGUGUUCAAGCGUCGAAGUGAGGCCGCAGGAGAUAAUGGCAACCUCGGCGUAUGGAAGCUACGUAGGCUUGUGAUACAUGGCGGGAUCCUGGCGAUCUACCGACCGAAGCAAUCGCUCAAGAGACCUCCCGAGGUCGACGAGAAAAACAAGACGACGGGGACGUGGAGCUUGUCGCUGCUGUCAAGCACUCGCUCGCAAGCGACCGGUGUAGCGGUGGACCCUCCGCUCUACUCGCACGCUACCGCGCAGACCAUGCCGAGAGUAUGUUUGCAGCUCCGCUUCGAUCGCAAAGUGCACGACUGCGCUCACCUGGUAGCGCUCGCACCGAGCUCUCCGACAUUUGUCCAGUCCGGCGUCGGCAGCACAUCCUCGAGCAGAGGUAACACCGUUUCCGGCAUCAUGGCGGGCGCCAGCGCCAAGGGCAGUGAGGGCGUCGGCAGCACAAAGAAGAAGCGCAUGCGUCCUGCCUCGCUGGCGCUGCGCUGCCUCACGACCUUCGAUCACAUCUCCCUGCAAAGCGCAUUGCAACGUGAAUUGGACCGCGCGCGAGAGAGUGCAAAAAGCACAAGCGCGCGGCUCGCCGUGCAGGGCAUUUGGGCCGCAUCCGUCGCUGGUGCUGCGUUGCCGCCGGCAGACGCCUUUUCGUCUGGGAUCGAUUAUUGGCGGCGGAAAGCGCUUUGCAGAACGAUCCUCUCCAACCGCAGUGGGAUGCCGCUGUACACUUUGCAGGGUCGCAGGUCUGAAUCUGGCGCAAUGAGUCGGGAAACGGCGGCCCCGACAACAAGGCAGGAUGAUGAAGACACGUCGAGCAGCGAAAGCGAAUUCGAGUCUGAAGUGCUGUCCGCGCGGCGCGAGAAAGCCCGGAUGCGGCAAGAGGCUAUGAUGAACGCGACCACGUCCACAGGGACUGCUGAAGCGGCGAAUCUCCACGGCACCACCUCGCAAGUAGCAGAGCUAAAGAGCUCAAACGGGAACGAAGCCCUGCCGCGUCAUGGACUCGCACUCGGCGAGAAUGGCGAAGUGCACCCUCGCGCCCCUACAAAGAUGUGGGAAGCACGCUUUGACGCAGGCGCAAUGCUCGACAGCAAUGGCGCGCCGAGCUUGUCGCCCGACUCGCUGUCGUGCACCAGGCGAAGGCUGCGCGAGCUGUCGUUCAGCAGGAAGCCCAAGUCUCCUGCUGCAACAUAG